UAUUAAAUAAACAAAUAAUUCUGUGCUUGUAAUCGAUGAUUAUGAGUUGUUUUUCAUGCAUAAAUAUACCCAAAAAGAGGUUUCCUUUUGAAGAUGAGAGGCUCUUUAAUCCUGAUUCUCCCUCUUAUUCUUACACUCCAGAUGGGAAGGAAAAUUCACUUUUUGAAAAAGCAGGUCAUGAUAGAAAAACGGGGUCCUUAGGUGAUAAUCAGAAUAAUGUGGUUGAUACAAUAGCCAAUGCAGCUCAGAGCUUCAGUUUCCGGGACCUUGUAGUCGCGACAAAGAACUUUAGGGAGUCUAAUUUGAUCGGAGAAGGUGGCUUUGGAAAGGUUUAUAAGGGUCGUUUGGAUAAUGGGCAGUUAAUUGCUGCUAAACGGCUUACUUUGGACAGUCUUCAAGGCAAUCAGGAGUUCAUUAUUGAAGUUUUGAUGUUAAGCUUGCUGCAUCAUGAAAAUCUGGUCACUCUGAUUGGCUAUUGUGCUGAAGGCGAUCAAAGAAUCUUGGUUUACGAGUACAUGCCCAAGGGCAGCUUGGCUGACCAUCUUUUCGAUCUUGAGAGUGACAAAGAUGCCCUAGAUUGGAAUGCGCGGGUAAAGAUUGCUGCUGGUGCUGCACGAGGACUAGAGUAUCUACACUGUGUUGCAAAGCCACCUGUAAUCUAUCGCGAUCUCAAGUCAGCCAACAUCUUGUUGGAUAACGAGUUCAACCCAAAGCUCUCAGAUUUUGGACUUGCAAAGCUCGGUCCUAUGGAUGACAACACUCAUGUGUCAACAAGGGUGAUGGGAACAUUUGGAUAUUGUGCUCCGGAAUAUGCUAUGACUGGAAAACUUACCUUAAAAUCUGACAUCUUCAGUUUUGGCGUAGUCUUAUUGGAAAUUGUCACAGGAAGGAAGGCGUUCGACAUUACAAAGAUGCAUGGCCAUCAGAGUCUAGUUGUUUGGUCUCGUCCCUAUUUGAAAGAUCGACGAAAGUACAUUGAGAUAGUAGAUCCUCGGCUGAGGGGGAAGUUCCCUACUCGCUCUGCUCGCCACCUGAUUGCUGUUACCUCCAUGUGUUUAAACGAUGAACCAAACCUACGACCCUGUAUGAGCGACAUUGUAGUGGCCCUUGACUACGUAGCCAAUGAAUGCCAGUCACCCCCAAGUGCAUCUUCAACUGCCCAAAGUACCCCGACACGUUCGAGUACUUUGACAACAGAACAGCAGGCUAAUCCUUACUCUCCAAAGAAGCUCUCCUCAAAGGACUCUCCAAAGCAAGCGCACAGUUAAAAGAGGAGAGGACUAUCGGUCGAACUAAUAUGAGAUGAAUGCUUUUUCGUCAUAUUUGUUUACUCAUCUAAUCUCUAAAUUUGCUUAGAAUCAAGGACAAGAAAAGUGAAACUCAUAAAUGGAGAGGAUAUGGAGCAAUUUUUUAUGUAUAAGAUGGAAUAGAAGAAUAUAUAUAUCUAUAUAUGCUUUGCAAUAAAAAUUGAUUAACAUC